AUACCGAUUAAACGUAAAUAGUUCACAAAAUGUAAUCGGUCAGACCACUCUUAUAUUAUAGAUUCCUAAAUUUAUUUACUAAUAUGAUGUAGGUGCAUUGUUUAGAAUGUCAAGCACCUUUUAUAUAGAUUCUGAUAGUAACACCAAAGAACAGUUGAAUAAUAGAAAUGAAACAAAAAAGAAAUUUUAUGAGAUGUUUAAAAAAAAAAUUGAAUUUGAAAUUAUUGAUAUGGUAUUUUCAAAUUGUAAAUAUAAUUUUGAUGAAACAUUUGAGAACUUAUUAGGUAUAGCUGAACAGACAAAAAAAUCACUCGAUGUAAAUCCUGUAAAUAAUAGUGAUGUUUUAUACCAAAAAAAAGUAAAAGCUCAACAACCGUUAAAUUUAUUGGAUCAGUUUUCUACAAGCAAUACUUCAAAGAAAAUGCACGUUGUUCCUUUUUCUCCAUACAAUCAACCCACUUUUUAUAAUGCAAAAAAAGAUGAGGAUUCAUUCGAAAAGUUUGUACAAGAUACCCAGAAUUUUAUUCUGGUUAUAAUGCGUGGUCUUCCAGGAGCUGGAAAAUCAACAAAAGCAAGGCAGUUGAGAGGUGCAAAUGGUGUGCUAUACUCAACAGAUGAUUUUUUUUUUGUCAAUGAUAGAUACAUAUAUGAUCCAAAUCGAUUAAGUGAUGCUCACGAAUGGAAUCAAAAUCGAACAAAAAAAGGUAUGGAGAUAAAGAUAUCACCAAUCAUUAUAGACAACACAAAUAUGAUGGCCUGGGAAAUGAAACCAUACGUUGCAAUGGCAUUAACACACGAUUAUGAUGUUUUCAUAGUAGAACCGGAUACACCUUGGGCUUGGAAACCUAGUGAGCUAGCAAAACGAAAUGCUCAUGGCGUACCAAAAGAAAAAAUUGAGCGAAUGAAGGAAAGAUAUGAAAAAAAUGUAACAGUUGAUAGUAUUAUAAAGAACUUUAAAUUGAAAGUGCCAUUAAGUUAUAAAAAAAAAAUUGUUCCUAUGCAAUCAACUCUAUCUCUUGAAACAGAUUCAUCAAAAGUGGUUGACAAAAGUAUAUUUAUAAGUAACGGCAGUGAAAAGUAUCAUGAAUAUAUUGAAUUAAGUUGUAUACCCCAAAAUAAUGUACAUAUAAACAGUGUUGAUAAAUUAGAGGAUAUUGCUAAUAAAGAUAUUUCUUCACCUCCCAAUUCAAAAACAAUCAUGAAAAGCAGUUUAGGUAAAAUUGAUGAUAUUGUCACUGCUCUUAAAUCUUGGUGUGUUGGUUCUGAUUCUGGUUGCAUUAUUGAAGAUACAAAUCGAAAAAAUGAAAAUAAUGUACUUAAAAGCACCUCAAAUGAAUCAAAUUUUUCUCAUAAAGUUAAAAGAGAUGAAUUUUUUGAAUUUAACGUCAAAUUUCUUACAGAGUGCUUUCCGCUCCAAGAUGAAAAUUAUUUACGUGACUGUCUUUUACAAUUCAAUGAAAAUCUUUUGACAACUUGUGAUUAUUUAUGUGAGCAAACUAAUAUAUCUGUUCAAUUUGAUAUUGACAGAAAUGAUGAUGUAUCUGCCAACAUAAAUAUUAUAAACCAAAAUUCCAAUUUUCAAAAUUGUGGAGAAAUAUUUUAUUGUGACAUUAAUAGCGAUGAAAAUGUAAACAUUGUUAUUGAUCGAAGACUUGGAAUGGAGUUAUCUAAGAGGUUUGGAUCACCAGAUGAUAUUGAUAGCUUUAAUUCAAAUGAUUUUAUUAUGGAGUUAAAUUCUGAGUUGGCUCGGCAAUUAUAUUUAAGUUGGCGGAAAUCAAUGAAGAAAAGAAAGUCUACUGAACAAACAGAUUUAAAGUAUGGACAAGAAUUGCAUAGAUUGCAAAGUCAUCAAACUGAUCAAACAGAGUAUGUUGAUGGUAAUACUAGAAAGAAACAAAAAAUGGUGCCUAUUGGUUAUAGUUAUAGUAAAGACGCAAACACAAAAUUCUUCAUGAAAGAUCUUAUUAAGGAUUCAUCUGGUAAGCAGUUAACAGCCAAGCAAAUAUCUAUUCGUGAAGAGCUUUAUAAAAAGUUUCCUGGGGCAGAUAAAGAUGCUCUUAAUGAUGUGCUAGAAUUAAAUGGGUAUUGUUUAAAAGCGACUAUUUCACUGGUGAACUCUUCUUGUAAUAUAAAGGAUGGAGUUGAUAAUGUUUAUGCUAAGGGUUGGAAAGCUGUUGAGUUUCCUUCCCACAAGCUUACUAUAAAAACUGAAGAAAAUGUCAAGGUUGAAAAUGAAAACAAUAUUUUUCAAAACCUUUCAGAAAAAGAACAAAAUUAUAAUGAUCUACGCGCAGAGGCAUACCAGUUUGCAGAAUUGCGAACACUAUGUUUUAAAAAAGCUGCUGAGGCAUUUCAAGAAAAGAAUGGACCUGUUGCUCAAUAUUAUGCAGACCAGGUAUUUGCUCAAUAUUAUGCAGACCAGGCUUGUUGUUAUACAAAUAAAAUGAAAGAAGCACAUGCUCGUGCUGCUAAACUCACACUUCUUCGAAGGAAUGCAAAAACUUCACCAGACAUCAUAGACUUGCAUGGACUUCAUGUUAAUGAAGGCAUCGCAGCACUCAAAGCACAUAUAAAAGAUUGUAAAAAUGUUGGUAUCAAUUCUAUAAAAGUAAUUACUGGUUGGGGAAAACACAGCAGAAACAGCAAUUCACCUCUUCGAAAUGCUGUUUUAACAUAUUUACAAAAGAGUAAUUAUCGAUUUGAACAAAGAAGUCAUGGAGGUGAGAUGAAAGUUUUUAUCUAAUACUUAUUAUUAAAUAUCUCAUUAAGUUUAAUUGUAAAUUAUAAAAUUUUUAUUUGGUAUAUGCAGCUAACUUUAAAAAGGGUUUUUAUCCAGUUUUUUACCUUGUAUGAAACUUUGUAUAAAAUUUGAAAUAUAAUAUCUGAAUAUAAUUUAAA